UCUACUUCCGGUAGACGGGACUCUGGAGCAAAAGAAAAGCAAACGGAGCUGAGCGAUUCACUGAACGAAUCUUUCUACUGAAUUGACUCAGGUGGAAUCAAAUUGAACUUGGAUUCUCAGAAGAAUCGCGGUGCACAUCUCCAGGACGGGUUUCAGACAACUACAUCCACCGACAAGUCAAGUUAUUGAGCGUUUUUUUAUGGCUAUCUCCAAAUCUUUUCCUUCACCAUGGGCCGUAAAAGAAGUGUGGUGUGGGAGUAUUUUAAGCCUACGGAUGUGGAGGGGAACACAACGUUGGCCGUCCAGUGCCUGCUCUGCGGGGCCGAGCUCAAAGGGAAGAAGGGGACCACCUCCACUAUGCUCAGACAUCUGCGUAUCGUGCAUCCCGACUACUUCCCCAACUCACUUGAGAAAGACACGAAUGAAUGGGAUUUUAGUACUUUUAACAGCGAAAGACAGCAAGAAAUGAACGAGGACGGUCAAGAGUUCUGCUCUGUGGAAGUUGUCCUGGAGGGUGAACCUACAAUAAAUGAAGCUGAGGUUGAUUCUGCUAUUACACGGAAACCAUAUAAUAAGAUGCCUGUUCCCCACAGUGCAUCCCGUCCACGGAGCAUUAUUUGGAACUACUUCAAACGUUUCAAAUGUUUGUCUAUUGCUCAAUGCCACAUUUGCUUGAAGAAAAUAAAGUGUCCUGAUGGCGGAAGCACCAGCAACCUGCAUCGACACAUAUCUAAAUCACACCCAGAGGUGUUUUCUCAACUACUGGCCCAGAGGAAGAAUCCAGCACUGUCCAACUCAUCACAUCCAAAUAGUGACACAUCUACGCCUUUACAGACUGUUGGAGCAGCAGACUGGAGAGAAAUAACAGUUCUUUCAGUGGAAGGGGACCUGGAGGAUGGAGGCACUGACCCUGUUCCUAGAGUGAAUGAAGCUGAGAUUGUUUCAGCUGUGAAUGGCAUUGAAGCUGCACAAGGAGCUUCAGGAGAAAACCCUCCACAUGAAAAGGUCCUCCGUCGUACAUCGCGUCCUCAGAGUUUGAUUUGGAAAUACUUCAGACGCCAAAGAGAUUUGGCUGUGGCUCAAUGUCACAUUUGCAUGAAAAAAAUACGAUGUCCUGAAGGGGGCACCACAAGCAACCUGCAUCGCCACAUAUCUACAAAACACCCAGAGGUGUCUUCUGAAUUAGCAUCCCUGAGAGACAAGUCAGUACCCUGCAACUCAUUACAGGUCCCAGUGGCUAAUGGUGACACACCUUCCCCACCAGAGACUGAUGAAGCAGUUGAGGAGGAAGAAACUGCAGCAAUCAAUAGCAAUUUCCCAGCUGCACAAGGAGGAUCAGAAGAACAAACACCAGAUGAAGAGAUUCGUUUUGCCCAUGUGUCAUCACGGGCACGGAGUUUGAUUUGGAAAUAUUUUCGACGCUUAGAGGGUUUCAAAGCCUCUCAGUGCCAAAUUUGCUUGAGAAAAAUUAAGUGUCCUGAUAAAGGCACCAGCAACCUGCACAGACACGUAUCUAAAAAACACCCAGAGGUGUUUUCUCAGUUACUGGCUCAGAAAAAUAAGCCAGCUCUAGCCUACUCAUCACAGGUCUCACAUGCUAAUGGUGACGUAUUUCCACCUCCAGAGACCAAUGGAGCAGCAGAGUGGAGAGAAACAUCAGUUUCCAGUGCAUUUGACAGGGAGACGCAUGUUUUCAGGACUGAGCAGGAUCUAAUUGAAUCUCUGAGGAGAGCACAAAGGGAGGAAUUACGCGCUUUGGAGCAGCAGAGGGAGAUCCUACACAAGCUUCGUGCGAUAAAUGAAAGAGAGGCAGCUGCAGAGAUGGAGAAUAUACAGUCACUAAGGAGAACACAGGAGGAGGAGGCCAGAGAUUUGAACAGACAAAGAGAAGAGCUGCAGAGAGAAAAGGAGGAGUUACAGAAGAAGUGGGAAGAGUUUCGACAGGAAAGAGAACAGGCUCUCUUGAUUACCAGUGAACAUCAGGCCCCAGUAUUCUGUGACUAAAUGUAAUAAAGUUUAUAUACUGCCAGUAGAAAAUGUAUUUACACAACUGGCUUAGCUUGUUACAAUUAAGACACAUGAAACUGUACACUUUUGUUACAUCAGUUACUGUCAGGGCUUGAAAUGGUAUAAUUAGGGUUCAUACGGGUGCUUGAAAUCCUUGAAAAUGCUUCAGUUUCAAUGUUGUGUUUUCAAGGUCUGAAAAGUACUUGAAAUUUAAGUGCUUGAAAGUGCUUGCAAUUAUAACUGUGAUGUGAUUUGUUUAUUCAUUUUUAAUAUUAACUAUGCCAGGUUAGAUGGUAAGCUAAAGCUACUUACAGAGAGGUGAUACAUUCUGAGAGAUAAAACUGUCAAAAAAGAAAAUUAGUGGGUGCUCUCAGGUCGACUCUAGGUACAUUUUUAUCUUAAUCUUUGGCCCGGUUCGAGUGUGCCUGAAGAACGCCAAGUGGCUUCCCUUUUUUCAGAUAAAACUUUGUGUUCUCCUUUAAUUUCUAAACUUUUUGCAAUAUGAAACAUAUUGGAUGUUUAAUGGUAUAAUACAAUGUACAUCAUUGUGAUGAAAAAAAGUGAAAAAAAUUGUUAUGAGUAUAUGUAUUCCUGAAAUAUGUAUUUUACCCCAGCAAUAAGUUGCUGUGCUGGAAAAAUUUUAAAAUGAUCCUUAGAAGUGCUCAAGAAGUGCUUGAAUUUGACCUUGAAAAAUGUGCACGAACCCUGUAUAACAUAUAAAUGGUAUUUUGAAAUGGUAACUGUAUGUAAGUGAAUAUGCCUAAGGAAAGAAUAAUUAUCAAUAAAUAGAUCGACUCCAAUUUUUUAAUUCUGUUUGGAUAUUAACAGAGAAAGACAAGGCAAGAUGUUAGGGAGGAUUAUGUAAAUUAACCCCCUGAGACCCAGGAUAGUACAGGUUUCUGCUUUUUAUGGAUGAAAAAAAUGUCCUUGACAUGACAUGACAUUUUUUGCCAGAUACAUUUUUAGUUAUUUAUAUAUUUGUAUUUCAAUGAAUGUCCUUUGUAGUGAACAGUUUUAUUCGUCAAUUAAUGUAUUGUUUAUUUCUUUGUUUUUAAAUAAAGCUGUGGAAUUCUUGUUUACACAUGGUGACAAAAACCUCAGCUGGAUGUUAGGUUAAAUUAGGUCUAAUUUAGCUUAAAUAGUUAUAAAUAAUGCUACUGAUGUAUUUUUUCAGAUGUAAAUACCAAAUUAAAUGAACUUACUGAC